AUGGCGCGCCUCGGCCUCGCCGCCGCGCUCGUGCUGUGCGCGCUGGCCCCAGGCCAGGCCUCGGAGCACCGGGCGAAUCCGGUCAGGAAGGUGGUGACCAUGCUGCAGAACAUGAAGCAGCAGGUGAAGGAGGAGGGCGAGAAGGAGAAGAAGGCCUACGAGGAGUUUGCAUGCUAUUGUAAGACGGGCGCCAGCACUCUCGAGACUUCCAUGGAGGCCUCCAGGGGCAAGAUCGAGGCUCUGGAGUCCAAGAUCAAGGGGGAGGUGGAGAAGAAGGGCGCCACGGACGCCGCCCUGAAGGAGCACACGGCCAGCCGUGCGGAGGCCAAGGACCAGAUGGCCAAGGCCACCGCCCUACGCACGCAGCAGAGCACGGCCUUCAUGAAGCUCAAGUCCGACGCCGACACGAAUAUCAGCGCCAUCGCCGCCGCCGUGGCGGCCAUCGAGAAGGGGAUGGGUGCCUCCUUCCUUCAGAGUUCCUCGGCAAACCUCAUCCGGACCUACGCCAUGGAGAAGGCGAACAUGCGCGACGCCGACCGCCAGCACUUGCUCGCCUUCCUCUCCAGUGCCGCCAGCUAUGCCCCGAAGAGCGGCGAGAUCACGGGAAUUCUGAAGGAAAUGGGCGACGAAAUGGGCGCCGACCUGCUCGCGGCCACGAAGGCCGAGGAGGACGCGAAGGCGACCUACGAUGCCAUGAUGUCCGCGAAGACGAAAGAAGUGACCACCCUCACAGCCCAGAUCGAGGAAGAGAUGAUGCGCCUCGGCGAGCUCAGCGUGCUGAUCGCAGAAGACACCAAUGACCUUGAGGAGACCAAGGACACCCUUGGCGAAGACACCAUCUACCUCGCGGAGCUCCAGAAAGGCUGUGCCACCAAGGACGCCGAGUGGGAGGCGAGGUGCAAGGUUCGCGCCGAGGAGCUGGUUGCGUUAGCCGAGACCAUUAAGGUGCUCAACGAUGAUGACAGCUUGGAGAUUCAAGAAAACUCUUCCAGGCCCUUCCGCUUCCUUGGUGCAGCUGCAGGAGGGUACCGCAGUCACGCGCUCCCGCGCCGUGGCAGUGCUGAGGAAUGCUCCGCGCAGGGGAACGGAGAUCGACCUGGUGCUGCUGGCGUUGCAGGGAAAGUCAGCAGGCUUCGAGAAGGUACUUAA